AGAUGAUGAUGAUGGGUGUGAUGGGAAAGCUUUAGAGUUAAUAAAGAAAAGAGAAGAAAAUGAGGUGGGUGUGAAAGCAAUGGACUUGCUCCCAGGCCCCUUAACCUCCUCUUCCUCCCACUCUUUUUCAAGAUCUCAGCAAAAGGAAGAAGGAAGAGUGUUGAAGAGGUGGUGAGGAAUGGGCCUAAGGAUCUCCCUGUUCUCCUGCUUCCUUCUCAUUGUCCUGCUUCAUUCAGCCAGAUCUGAUGACACAAGCAGUCAGCUUCUUAAAGGGAUUAAUGACUACAGAGUUUCCCUCAACCUUUCUCAGCUGACAGCAAACCAGAAUGCAGAUUGCUUAGCAGAACAACUUGCAUCGGCAUACAAAGGUCAAGACUGCACCAACACGACUGGAUCCGACACUGUUCCCGGGACGGAGCAGCAGUUCUCAAACUUCCCUGAUUUCCUCAGCAACUGUCACCUGAAUGCAACGGUGAUUCGGGAUGGGUCGAUCAUGCCAGCUUGCGUGCCAGGAUUGGAUCCCCAGCUUGUCUUGGCCAACUUCACCGAGUCCCAGUACAACCAAAACCUGAAUGAUAGUAGCUACGUGGGAAUCGGGCUGGCUGAUGAAGGCAACUGGGUGGUGGCGGUUCUGACCACAAAUACACCUGCCGGAAACUAUGGCCCAGCCACAGACACAGGAGCUGGCUCGGUGGUUUCCAUCGCUGAUCACCGCUGUGUGAUGCUGUCGCUGCUGGGCUUCUUCAUGGUUUUGAUCAGCUAAUUAGUUCUUUUCUUGCAUGACGAUCGAAUUGUUCCAAAGAAUAUGACCUCAUUGGAAAGACUUGGAGGUGUUAUCUGACGAGAUCGUUUUCAUCGCAAUUCUUUUAGCUGUUAUAAAAAAGGGAGAAACCUGAUUGAUCA